AGUCCCAAGCGCUCUUGCAAUCCAAAAGCCUUUCUCUUUGCUUCCCCCUCUCUCUCUCUCUCUCUCUCUCUCUGUCCUAUCUUCAACCAAUCCACUCUUCCUUUUCUCUCUCUUGAGUCUGUUCUCUGAUAGAGCAGAAGCUAAAACAAGCUCGAGGAUCAUGUCUAUAGCUCAGAGAAGCUAUGCAUCUUCUCUCUGCUCUUCACCGCCAUUGCCAAGGACCGGUCAGAGCAAGCCAGCCCAGUUCGUGCUCUUCCACGCCAAGCAUUCGUUAUCCAAGAAGGGCUCUUUCCUGAGCCUUUCUGGGCAUUUCUCGGAGACCCACUUGGUGAAAGCGUCCAAUUUGGUGGUGAAAGCGUCUGAAACCGAGUCGCAGACGUCGUCAGAAGCGGCCCGAGGAGGAGGAGGAGGAGGAGGAGGAGGAGGAGGAGAAGAGAAGUAUGAGGAGUAUGAGGUGGAGAUAGAGAAGCCAUAUGGGUUAAGGUUUGCGAAAGGAAGGGAUGGUGGGACUUACAUUGACGCAAUUGCGCCUGGCGGAUUUGCAGACAAGACCGGCAUGUUCACCAUCGGGGAUAAAGUACUCGCCACCAGUGCAGUGUUUGGGACAGAGAUAUGGCCUGCGGCUGAAUAUGGAAGGACAAUGUAUACUAUCCGUCAAAGGAUUGGCCCAUUGCUCAUGAGGAUGCAGAAAAGAUACGGUAAACUGGAGGAAACUGGUGAGCUAUCAGAGAAGGAGAUCAUUAGAGCCGAGAGGAACGCUGGGGUGAUAAGUAACAGAGUGAGGGAAAUCCAGAUGCAAAAUUCCAUGAGGAAAAGAGAACAGAAAGAAAGAAGAGAGAAGGACCUCCGUGAAGGGCUUCUGCUCUACAGGAAUGGAAAAUAUGAGGAAGCAUUGGAGAAAUUUGAGUCUGUACUGGGAUCAAAACCUGACACUAAUGAAGCAUCUGUUGCAAGUUACAAUGUCGCUUGUUGUUAUUCCAAGCUUGAUCAGGUACAAGCUGGGCUUUCUGCCCUAGAAGAUGCUUUGGAAGCAGGGUUCGAAGACUACAAGAGGAUUCGAACGGAUCCUGAUUUGGAAAAUGUAAGGAAGUCCAAGGAAUUCGAACCUCUUCUGAAAAAGUUCGACGAAUCCUUUAUCAAUGAGAACGCCAUCGAUGCCAUCAAAUCUCUAUUUGGCUUCAACAAGAAAUAGAGCCGAAAAUUGGCUGUGCAAUUGAAGAAGCUCGGUUCGCUACCGAGGCGAGGCUUAAGACAAGGAUCAGACAAGCGACUGCUCAUACGGACAGGAUCUUCAGGCAAAUUUAUUCAUUCUCAUUAUGCACAUCGCUUUGAUCUCGGACUUUGAAACACGGUGCCUGGAAAUUUUUCUGGUAGUCACAUAUUUUUCACUUUUCCCCAAAAUGUGAAAUUCUGGUAGAUGUAAAGCAUAUUAGUGAAAAGUUGAAUAGGGAUCAAUUAUUCU